UCCGGGACCCCUAAGUCCUGGCUCUCCUACACCGAGAGGCAGUCGGAGUGCGGCCGGGGGACUGGAGGCUGCGGGAUGUCGCGACCUAAAAUGGUGUCCGUGCCGGGCGGUGGGGGCGGGGGAAUUGGGCCCAGCCAGAGCGGAGCCUGCAUCCCGACCGUGUGCGGGUCAGCGUCCGGGCCCCGGCAGGACUCGAGCUGGCGCCCCGAACCCGCUGCGCGCCUUACAGUCACUCGAGUCUCGAGAGAGCCUCAGGGGAUCGGAGCCGGGGCAGGCAGCGCGGGGCGCGGAGGAGAAGGGGGACCAGAUUCGAGUUGGGUCUGACCUGGCUGCAGAGCCUCGAGUCACGCAAGGACCGCCCCCUCAUGUGUCUCCACUCCCCUCGUGCCACUCCCCACUGCCGGGGAGUCCUGGCCCCCGACGUGCAGCGCCGCAGAUCCUAAAGGGCUUGGCCUGGCCAAGGCCCUGCCUUGAGUUCUUAGCCGGUGAAAGUGAAAGAAGCACCACUCGCCUCAGUUUACCCUCCAGUUUUUUUUAAUGUACUUCUCGUCCCCUACCCGAAACCCCGGGCUUGCUUCCCACUCCAGUCCCUGGCAGAUGGCAGGGACUUAAUGCUGCCCAGCUUGGCCGCAACCUAAUCGCCCCCGGCCGGGCCCUGGCCCCUUGGCUUUGCUCUGCGCAGCAGGCCUUGGGCAAAGGGCAGUGGAGCCCCCACCCGACGCGGGUCUGUUAACCCUCUUCCUAUUAGGCCCCUUCUUUCUGCUUUUGGGGGACAGAGGGAAAAGGGGGUAAGGAGAUGGCAGCUCCAGAGGCCUGGCGGCUGAGGGGAGGAUCUUCAUCGGCCCUAAGCCUCUCCGCUUGGCCCACUGUCUGCUCCAGGUGGCUAUCGGAUGACCUCCAAGUCACUUGCACGCCAGAGGGAGGUGGUUGGGAGAGGCCACUUAGCAGGUGUUUUCUUAGUUGGCUUUGUACUCCACCGACCCUCUCUGUUGGGAGCUUGAGUCGGAAGGUAGCCCAGGUCUCCCGACUUAAGAGAGCUGAACUGAAGAGGGACCUAGCGAUUCAUCUGGGCAGAACUAAGGGCUUUGUUAAACCCUGCGCGGAAUUAAGUAAGGGGGUACGGUGCAAGGAGGACUCCCCUUUCUUCCUCUAGUUGGUACCCUUGCCCCCCACCCCCACCUUGGUCCGUGCAAUGCCAGCCGCCACCUGCUGGGACUAUCUCCAGUUACAGUCUGAAGGCUGGAAAGAGGUCUGGGACCUGUCGCUAUGGGGGACAUGAAGACACCUGAUUUUGAUGACCUCCUUGCUGCUUUUGACAUCCCUGACAUUGAUGCAAAUGAAGCCAUUCACUCUGGGCCAGAAGAAAACGAGGGACCAGGAGGCCAAGGGAAGCCAGAACCUAGUGUAGGAAGUGAUUCUGAAGAGAUAGCGGUGGCAGCAGCUACUGUGGAUGACCCUAAGAUUCUAGCUGAGGCCUCUGGUCAUGGCCUUCCACAGCCACCAGAUACCUCCACUGUCAGUGUCAUUGUCAAAAACACAGUGUGUCCAGAGCAGGCUGAGACCCUGCCUGGGACUUCAGGAGAAGAGACCAAGGCUGGGGAUGUAACUAAGGAAGGACCUGUGGGGUCUUGUCUGAUGCAGAAUGGAUUUGGGGGUCCUGAGCCAUCCCUCUCAGAAACCCCCCAUUCUCCAGCUGCUACCAAUGGGAAUGCCUGGAAAGAAAAAGCUGUGGAAGGCAAAACACCCCUGGACCUCUUUGCUCAUUUUGGGUCUGAACCGGGGGACCACCCAGAUCCCCGACCUGAAUCCUCCCCACCUCGGGAUGGUGACAUGACCCCACCUCCUUUCUCCACCCCUUUUGUGCUGGCCCCAGAAAAUGGUUCAGCCCUGCUGCCUCCUAGUUCUCUCCUGCCAGAAGGGGCCUUGAAACAGGAAAGCUGCAGUCCCCACCAUUCCCAGGGCCAAACUACUACGAGAAGCUCAGGUUCCAGCCCUGAGGCAGCAGGCAUCCCUGCCAGCGCCUCACCUCAGCAGGUGGCUGGAAUGUCCUUCAAGCAGUCUCCAGGACACCAGAGCCCUCCUGCUUCCCCUGAAAAGGCGUCUAGCUGUAAACCUCUGAAGGAAGAAGAUGAGGGAACAGUGGAGAAGUCUCCUCCAAGAAGUUCCCAGAGCCCCUCUAGUGGAGCUGAGGCUGCAGACGAGGACAGCAAUGAUUCCCCUACCUCUUCCAGCUCUUCUAGACCCCUCAAGGUGCGGAUCAAGACUAUUAAAACAUCCUGUGGGAAUAUCACAAGAACUGUAACCCGGGUUCCCUCAGAACCUGAUCCUCCUGCCCCUUUGACUGAGGGAGCUUUCCUGGCUGAGGCUAGCUUCCUGAAACUGUCUCCUGUAGCUCCAGCCCCUGAGGGUCCAAAGGUGGUGAGUGUCCAACUGGGUGAUGGCACGAGGCUGAAAGGCACGGUGCUGCCUGUGGCUACCAUCCAGAAUGCUAGCACUGCCAUGCUAAUGGCAGCUAGUGUUGCCCGCAAAGCUGUGGUUCUGCCAGGGGGGAAUGCCACCAGCCCUAAGACUAUGACUAAGAGUGUAUUAGGGCUGGUACCCCAAACUCUGCCCAAGGCUGAGGUGCGGACAGGGUUAGGCCUUGGGGGGCAGAAGGUGAAUGGUGCCUCAGUGGUGAUGGUGCAGCCUUCUAAGUCUGCUACGGGGCCAAGCAUAGCAGGUGGCUCAGUGAUCUCUCGGACCCAGUCCAGCCUGGUAGAGGCCUUCAACAAGAUUCUCAACAGCAAGAAUCUCCUGCCUGCUUAUAGACCGAACCUGAGUCCACCAGCUGAGGCUGGGCUGGCCCUGCCUCCAACAGGCUACCGCUGCCUUGAGUGUGGGGAUGCCUUCUCGCUGGAGAAGAGCCUGGCACGGCACUAUGAUCGCAGAAGCAUGCGUAUAGAGGUCACCUGUAACCACUGUGUCCGUCGCCUUGUCUUCUUCAACAAGUGUAGCCUACUCCUGCAUGCCCGUGAACACAAGGACAAGGGGCUGGUCAUGCAGUGCUCACAUUUGGUCAUGAGGCCUGUAGCCCUUGACCAGAUGGUGGGCCAGCCAGACAUCACACCCCUGCUGCCUGUGGCUGUCCCACCUAUUCCUGGACCUCUGACCUUGCCUGUUUUGGGCAAGGGGGAGGGGGCUGUCACCUCCUCGACCAUUACUGCAGUUGCCACUGAAGCCCCUGUGCUCCCACUCCCGACAGAACCACCUGCUCCCCCAGCUGCCUCUGUUUACACGUGCUUUCGCUGUCUGGAGUGCAAGGAGCAAUGCCGGGACAAGGCUGGCAUGGCAGCCCACUUCCAGCAGCUGGGCCCUCCUGCACUUGGGUCUACCAGCAAUGUGUGCCCAUCCUGCCCCAUGAUGCUCCCCAAUCGUUGCAGCUACAGUGCCCACCAGCGCACACAUAAGAAUCGCCCCCCGCACGUCUGUCCCGAGUGUGGGGGCAACUUUCUUCAAGCCAAUUUUCAGACCCAUCUUCGAGAGGCCUGCCUGCAUUUCUCUCGCCGUGUAGGAUACAGGUGCCCGAGCUGUGCAGUGGUGUUUGGGGGUGUGAACUCCAUCAAGUCCCACAUACAGGCAUCACACUGCGAAGUUUUCCACAAGUGCCCCAUCUGCCCCAUGGCCUUCAAGUCUGCACCCAGCGCCCAUGCCCACCUCUACUCCCAGCAUCCCAGCUUCCUCUCCCAGCAAGCCAAGCUGAUCUAUAAGUGUGCCAUGUGUGACACAGUCUUCACCCACAAACCGCUUCUCUCCUCCCACUUUGACCAGCACUUGUUGCCCCAGCGUGUCAGUGUCUUUAAGUGUCCAUCUUGUCCUCUGCUUUUUGCCCAAAAAAAGACCAUGCUGGAACAUCUCAAGAAUACUCACCAGUCUGGAUGCUUGGGGGAGGAGGCAGUUGGGAAAGGGGCUGGAGAUGCCCUUCUGACCCCCAAGACUGAGCCUGAGGAGCUGGCUGUGUCUCGGGCAGAGGCAGCCCCUGCUACGGAGGAAUCCUCAUCUUCUGAAGAGGAACUGCCCAGCUCCCCUGAGCCUCCUCGCCCAACCAAACGACCCCGUCGGGACCUGGGAAGCAAAGGCAUCAAAGGUGGGGGUGGUGGGCCUGGGGGCUGGACCUGUGGCCUUUGUCACUCCUGGUUUCCCGAGCGUGAUGAGUAUGUGACUCACAUGAAGAAGGAACAUGGCAAGGCAGUGAAAAAGUUCCCCUGUCGCCUGUGCGAGCGCUCCUUCUGCUCUGCCCCCAGCCUGAGGCGCCAUGUCAGGGUCAAUCAUGAGGGAAUCAAGAGAGUUUACCCAUGCAGGUACUGCACAGAGGGAAAGCGUACCUUCAGUAGUCGUCUGAUCCUGGAGAAGCAUGUCCAAGUCCGACAUGGCUUGCCCCUUGGGACCCAGUCUCCUCCUAACAGAGGAGGCACCCUGGUGCGAGGCUCUGGUGGCAGAGCUCAGGGCCCUGGACGGAAACGCCGCCAGUCUUCUGACUCAUGCAGUGAGGAACCUGACAGUACAACACCACCAGCCAAGUCCCUGCGGGGUGGCCCUGGGUCAGGAGGCCAUGGGCCUCUGCGCUAUAGGAGCAGUGGCUCAGCGGAACAGAGCGUUAUGGUGGGGCUGAGGGUGGAUGGUGGCACACAGCAGUGCCUUGACUGUGGCUUGUGCUUUGCUUCCCCAGGCUCCUUGAGCCGCCACCGAUUCAUUAGCCACAAGAAGAGACGGGCUGGGGGUAAAGCCAGUGCCCUGGGGGUAGGGGAUGGGGAAGAAGAGGUUCCGCCAAUACGCUCUGACCCAGAGGGUGGAGAUUCACCUUUGCCUGCUUCUGGAGGCCCUCUGACGUGUAAGGUCUGUGGCAAGAGCUGUGAUAGCCCUCUGAAUCUCAAGACCCAUUUCCGUACUCAUGGCAUGGCAUUCAUCAGGGCCCGGCAGGGGGGCAGUGGGGACAACUAGGUCCCAGGCCUAGGAUUGGCCUCUCCUCUUCCCUGGAACUUUGGUUUCACUGCUGCUGUCUCCUCCCUGGGCUGGGAAGUUUAACAUGUAUUUUGUUUGAUUCUUUUCGCCCCUGAGGGAAAGGCUUUUUGAGGGUUCUAUUAACUUGCACCCCCCUGCUCUUGGGUUUGGUCCCUGGGUCCUACUUAAGUGGACUCCCCUUUCUUCCUUUCUGAAGCCAACACUAAUGUUCUGCUGCAGACCCCCCAGUGUAUAACUGGGUGGGAGGACAGGACCUUGGGAAGCCUGCUAGACAGGCACAGGGGAAACUGAAGGAUGUACAAGGUCUAGCUUCUACCCCUCCGCUAGAUUUCUUCCUCUGUGCUGGGUUCUGCCCUAGUAGCCCCUCCUUUAACACUCAUUGGCACUAACACCCCGCCCCAAUCCCUGCAGUGCCUUCCAUUUGUCUUUUCCCCCAGAAAUCUAGGGGUGGGGGGUUGGUGGGGAUGAGUCCUGUCAGAUGGGGUCCAGGGAGAGGAGAGGACAGGCUCUCAGGAAUCCUUUAUUCUUGUAGUAAUAAUACUAACUGGGAGAAACAAGAGGGAGAGAACCAGACUAUUAAAACUGCUUGUGGUUUAAUCCCCAUCCAGGCUUUUCUUUUUAUGUGAGUUGGACAAUGUGUACUGAUAGGAGGGGUGAGUCCAAACUGGGGCAGCCCUUUUCAGGGAAGAGGCGGUAUUGACUAAGACAGAUGGAAAAAGUAAUCUUCAUCUUGUGUGUUUGGUGCUUUUUGUAUGCUGGAUUUAGCCCCUUCCACCAACCCCACCCCCAGAGGUAACUCAGACAAGACACAGAUGGCUAACUAAGGACUUUAUUUCAAACAAAAAUUAAAAAUAAAAAAAAAAUUGAGAGCUA